GAUCGGUGCCGCUCGUUGACCGUGUCUUGGCAGAGCGUCGAAAAGCGCGCUGGUCGACCCGUCGUCGCCCGGAAACACCGACCGUCUAGAGUGCAAUUCACCAGCCUUCAAACUGUUCCAGUAUUUCAUCGAGUGCAGAAUGAACUAUAAACGUCGGAUCGGAAUCGUUGGAUACGGUCAUCUGGGCGAAUAUCUCGUCGACGAGAUUCUGGCCCGACCAGCUGAUUACGAACUGGCCUUUGUGUGGACCCGGUCGGGAACGUUCAACCCGUCGACGAAACGUCUCGAUCGCUCCGUUCUCCUCGAGGACUUGACCUAUUUCUACACUCGGCGACCGGACCUCGUCGUUGAGGUCGCGCAUCCGACCAUCUCCAAAGCGUACGGCGAACAUUUUCUGAAACACUGCGAUUACAUGAUCGGAUCGCCCACAGCUCUCGCCGAUCAGGAGGUUGAGCUGAAACUCAGACGGGCCGCGCGGAAACCCAACGGAUUAUACAUCCCGUCCGGAGCCAUGUGGGGACUGGAGGACAUCCGGAAAAUGGCCGACCGGGGAACUCUUCAGGGACUGACAGUCACGAUGAGGAAGCAUCCUAGCGCGCUCCGGCUCUCCGAGGGAACGUCUUUACGAGCGAAAAACGAUAACGUGUCGACUAGGCCGAUUGUCCUUUACGAGGGCCCGGUGCGCGAACUCUGUCACAUAGCUCCCAACAACGUCAACACCAUGGCCGCCGCGGCGAUGGCCGCCCACAAUCUGGGUUUCGACAAAACCCAGGCGUGCCUCAUAUCCGACCCGAACAUGGCCGAUUACCACGUUACCGAGAUCGCAGCUCAGGGUCCGUCGGAAAUCGAUGGCAGGACGUUCACGGUCCGGACCACGAGAACGAAUCCUGCCUCGAGGGGAGACGUCACCGCUAAAGCAACAUAUUCGUCGUUCCUCUCAUCGAUGUUGGCCGCCGAAGGCAAGGGAGCCGGAGUUCAUCUUUGUUGAGGAAGAAAAUUAUCUCGGUAAUACAAUCCCGUUCAGAAAUGAUCGACCUUCCGAGCGACGUCUGCCGUUUGGUUUAGUGCGCACGGCCCCGAUCGAUUCAUGAAGUUAUCGCCGACUUCCGUUACCUAAGUUGGGAAUCUCGGCUUUACGUCAUUCGAUGAUUACGGUGACCUUUGCCAUCGAUUCGCUUUUGUUAAGUUUGACCGCCUUUCGGCUAGCCAGAAGU